AUGGAGGGUCUGCAUAUCAACCCGGCCAACUGGGGAGACCUCGCCCGGGACCGACCGACCUGGAGGAGGACAGUGAAGACAGGCGCAGCGAUCUACGAAGCCAACCGCAACACCGCCGCCGCCAAAGCCAAACGCGGGGCUCGCGAAUCUCAACUGCACUUACUUCGCAACGCCAACGCUCAACCGCCAUCGACCUCCCACGAUGGCAGCGGACGUUCGGGGCGUCAAUCGGCCUUAUACGACAUCUUCGUACCAACUUCAGCAGCGGACUACAUCAGCUGCUGUCUCUCCGUCCUAUUCUUCCUCAUCCCCCACGCCAACAACUAA